UGCAGCCUGGCUGCCCAUGGCCCAGCUCUUUCUGCAGAGCAGCAAUGCAGAACGUGGCUCUGCUACAGGGAGCUGGAGGGAGCAGAUCCAUGGGCUGCUUUGUUUUUCCAAACUUUUCUGAGUUGGCUGCCUUUAGGGAGACAAAAAUUCCCAAGAAAGAGCCUCGCUGGGAUGGUGCAUCUCAGCACAGGCUGUGGAUGUGUGGGUCUUUAGUCAUCCAGAGGUGAGGUGGAGAUUGAAAAUUAAGAAGUGUGGUGGUGCAGGUAAUUUCCAGCCAGAAUUUCUCCUGGCUUCAGGUGGUUUAUCCAUGAGUUUUGCAGCCUGUGGUGUUGGAUAUGUGUGAUAUGACAUAUGCUGUGUAAGAUAAAUAAGAUUUGGUGUGUUAGAAGUUUCUUUGCAACGCAGGGAGGAGUAAACUGCAUUAGGCUGACCUGGAGGAGCAGCACCAAACCCUGAGUGAAGCGUGGCUGCUCCCAGCACUGCUUGCUGUGGGUCCCUGCAUGGAUGGGUGGGAAGUACCAGGCCACUUUGGCUCAGUAAUCACUUCAUUUGAGUAAUAUUUUAAGAACUGGUUGAGUGAGUGCAAAAAAUCCGUUCUGGUGCGUUGAGUUUCUGUACCUCCCCCUUAAAAGUGUACCCAAGGGAGACUUGGUCAUGGUUUUUGCUUUUAGAGGAUUAAAUAUAGCAGCAUCAUUGGUGUCACUCCUCUGUAGUCCAUUUGAAGCAUCCCUUGGGCUACAUCAUUCCCUGUUUUUGUGGCUGCUGGCCAUAGCUUUUGCUGUCAGCAGCCAGGGCCCGGGGCUGGCUGUGCGGUAGGUACGGGGCCGUGGUGAGAGAGGAGUUUGACUUCGCGGCCGUUCUGUGCUUGCAAAUCCUCAUGUCUCCUAGGGUUUGUAAAAAAUGGGAUCUGGCAAGCUCUGAUCCAGCAGCUGGAAAACCUGCUCUCCCUCUCUCUGCUCCAAACCAGCUCCUGGAAGGGAGGACCAGGGGUUCUUUGGGUGGCUGAGGAGAAGGAGGGCUCGGGAGGUGGUGGGGCAGAAGGACGUGGCUGCCCAGGGACAUCAGGGACUGGCUUUGGUCUCAGUGACUGGUCUGGGCCAGGGGGUCAAGAGACUCACCCCUCAUCCUGCUCCUAAAACCAAGAGGAUGAGUUGAAGUGUGUUACCAGCUUGCCUUUAAGGUAUCGUUUUUGUCCUUUACCCUAUAGCAGCUCUUGCAGUGACCCCAGACAAGCCUCCGAGCUCCUCUGCCCCAGCUGUGCAAGUGCCAUCAUCACUGUUCUGCACCAAUGGGACAUGUUAAUUAUAAGGAAAAAGAGUUAAUGCAGACAACUGGUCUUCUCUGGUUAGGACAGCCUGGCAGCACAGUUAGGCCAGGUGGAGCUGGUCAUUUCUCCUUUCAAGUGGUGUGGGAAAGUCACAAUAACUGUGAUUUUUGUGUUUCUGUGACUGCCUUAACCUUACUGAGAACAGCCUUCUGGUGUGCUGGGCAAUAGUUGUCAAUGCUAUGAAAUUACUUCAAGUGUAUAUAUUAUUAUCCCAGUUACCAAGUGCUUUGGGGUUUUUUUGUCCCAGCUGGGACAAAUGAAUAUUGUAUAAUAUUUUUGAAAGGACAAGUUUUGAUAUUAUGAACUAGGUGCCAAAAGCUACAAUUGUGUGCCAGAGCUGAAGAGCCAUUAUAAUUAUAAAGAUACAGAAAGCAUUAGAAGUAUCCAUUUUUGGGUUUGUAGACUCUCUGUUAACUCAGAAAAACUGUUAAGCCUAGAAAAGCUGUGGCUGCCCCUGGAUCUCUGGAAGUGUCCAAGGCUAGGUUGGACAGGGCUUGGAGCAGCCUGGUGUGGUGGGAUUUGUCCCUGGCCAUGGCAGGGGGUUACAAUGAGAUGCUCUUUAAGGUCCCUUCCAGUCCAGGCCAUUCUGUGAUUAUUGGACUGUCAGUUGUGCUGUAAAUGAAAUGCAGUGCAAUGGAUGGUACAUCUCAGAGUGAAAGCGUCGUGAAUGAAGAUGUACACUGCCAAAAUGUAAAUGUUUCAUUUGGAAACUCUCAGCCACAUUUUCGGCUGUGCAUGGUUUGUGCUGUUGGUAGAAAUUACUUUUCCCGUGGAGGUUUCAGAUCUACGUAUUUGAAACUUAAUUUAAACAAAAAGUUCCAGCCCUGCAGUGUGGUGGCUCGUGCUGUCCCUGUGCCUGUCUUGUGAACCCCAUGACACACCAGCAAGGUGGCAGCUUCAAGAGGGGCUGGACAAAGCCAGGCCAGCCUGUGGAGGAGCUGCUUUGUCAGCCCACCCUCCUGACCCCUGCUCAUCCCGCCCUGGGCCAUGGGGGCUGCUGGCCAGGGGGACAACAGCUCACUCGGGGUGUGGGGCAGCGAGCCAGGACAGCCCUGCUUCUGGGACUGCUCUGUGGAUCACCACUUUUAGUAAUUUGCUGAGUAAAUUCUUGCUAGGGCAUGGGCUCAGUGAUCUUAAUUUCCAACCUAAUGAUUCCAUGAUCCAGUGUCUUUCAGAAAGGCCCCAGUGCAGAGGUAAAGCUGUGGCCCUGGCUGAGAGCUGCAGUCAUUGGUGAUGCUGUAGUUUAUUUCAGUGACUAUUGUCUGUGUUGUUCAGGAAAAAGUUGCACUUUGCCCUUGUCUGGAUCUGCAUAGCUCCAUCUUCUGCCGUGCUGGGAGGUGUCCCACAGCUGCUCUGCUCCCUCCGAGGGACCUGCUCAGCUUCUCCUGCCCUCUCUGGGGCAGCCAGGCCAUCCUCAGCAGUUUCCACUCCACAUUCCCCCUGUCUUGUGCUGUGCCUGUGUCUUGAGGCCCCCCAGUUACUCCUGGAAUCCCCUCCAGACCUUGGGUAGAGGUGGGGAGAGGCUCCAGGUUCCCACAGAGGGCGUGGAGUGCAGAGCACAGAGGCUGUACCAUCCUGGAGACCCCACAUUUAUCCAGCCUGUGGACACAUCCCUGCCUGCCUGGGUGACCUACUGCACCAUGCAGGAGCCUGGGCUCGUGCCCCUGCCUUUGAGUUGCCAGGGAGGAAAAGGCAAAGUCACUGCCAGCACCAUUUCCUUCGAGCUAAAGAUGUUGAGACAAAGCACCUCUGCCCCUGCCCUGUCCUUUCAGUCCUCCUGCUGCUGGUGUGUCCAGGACUCACUCCCCUGCCUCUCCUAGUCCCUAAGAGCACGGGGGCAAUAAACCUUUUACCCAAGUAGAUGGGAGCUUUCCACAGCCCGAGGCUGUCCCUGCACAUCCCCUGAGGAGCUGGCAGGGCCCAGCCUCUCCUGGGGGAACAUGGACUGAAAGAGGAGCUUUGCCAGCCCCAGCUGCCAGCACCCUUUGCCUGGACCCUGAUGGACUCCGAGGCAGGACUGCAUUACCAUGGUGAUGAUCUUAACCAAAACUCGGGAAAACAAAGGUGCUGACUCCGUAACAUGCAGGACUGAGCUGCACACUCCAAAGAUGAGUCAAGGACCUACCCUCUUCUCCUGUGGCGUGAUGGAAAAUGACAGAUGGAGAGAUCUCAGCAGGAAAUGUCCACUCCAGCUCGAGCAGCCGGGCGCCAGCAUCUGGGACUGCCUGUCGGACAAGGGCGAGGAGGGCUCGCGCUGGCCGAGGGACGCGGCCGGCACCUGCUCCGUCACCAACCUGAUCAAGGACCUGAGCCUCAGCGACCCCCACGGCCACCCCUCCGCCCCUCCCAGCAAGCGCCAGUGCCGCUCGCUGUCCUUCUCGGAUGAGAUGUCGGCCUGCGGGACCUCCUGGAGACCCCUGGGCUCCAAGGUGUGGACGCCGGUGGAGAAGAGGCGCUGCUACAGCGGCGGCAGCGUGCAGCGCUACUCCAACGGCUUCGCCACCAUGCAGAGGAGCUCCAGCUUCAGCCUGCCCGCCCGCUCCAACCCGCUCUGCGGCGGGCAGCCCAGGAAAUCGGCUGCCGGAGGGCACGGCGGGGACAGGGGGGACAUUCAGAGGUCCCUGUCCUGCUCGCAGGACCGCUUCUCGUGCUCGGAGGACGGCGCGCCCUCGGCCUGCAGCACGCCCGCCUCCACGCCCGAGCUGGGCCGCCGCGCCGCCGGCCUCUCCCGCAGCCGCUCCCAGCCCUGCGUCCUCAACGACAAAAAGGUGGGAAUCAAGCGGAGGAGGCCGGAGGAGGUCCAGGAGGAGCGGCCCUCACUGGACCUCGCCAAGAUGACCCAGAACCGCCAGACUUUCAACAGCCUCACCUGCCUUAGCACCACGGCCGAGGACGGCUCCCAGCGGCCCACAGGGCCCCAGGCAUGGCCGGCGGCCCCGGAGGUGAUGCCGGGCAGGACCCCCGCCUGCACCCCGGUCCCGGAGCCGCGGGCCAGGCCCGAGGAGCGCCGGGCCAGCAGGGACGACCUGUCCUGCGAGGAGGAGGAGGAGAGCGCCGGGAAGGAGGAGGACAGGGCGGCCUGGCGGAGCGGCGGGCCGGGCAGUGAGAGCCUCUUCCAGCUGGAUGGCGAGAUCGACAUCGAGCAGAUAGAAAACAACUGAGGAGGGAGCAGCUCUUCUCGCCCUGGGCUCUGGGGGCGGCCAGCAGAGCCGUGGAGGGCUCCUGGCCGCCGGCGAGUUUGUGGGAUCCUGUCACUGCUCCCCUCCCGCCAGCUGGAGGGGAACGAAGCAGCUUUGCCAAAAUUUCAUCAGGUAUUUAGAGGAAUUCGUGUGCAUGCGUGUGUAAAUCUUGAAAUUCUUUGUAACUACUGUAGCCAGAGAUCAGCCAGGCCUAGGAAAGUGCCUGUCCCACAGGGAAACCAGGCGCGGGGAUCGCCAAAAACUCAGAAUCCAAGAGUAAAUGGCUUUUGCCAAGGGUGGAGCUGAUGGAGCUGGCCAUGCUCCCACAGGUCCCACCUGUGCUAGUUCAGAAAGGGGUGCACAAGGAGAAACCACCACCCCUGGGACUGGAGAAAGGGGGGAAAAGCAGAAUAUUGAGAUUUGCAAACCGAGCACUGGCUGGUGGCCCUGGGAUGGCCACGGUUCCUUUCCUCCAGCCACAUCCCGUGCGGCCCCAGCACCCCUCACUCCCCAUGUCCCUGGCAGUGCCGUGAGGAGGAAAUCACAAGUGUUGCUGAAAUUUAAUGAUGGCAAGAGCUGGAUUUUUACUCCUUUAUUUUUAGUUUUCCUUUUCCUGAUGAGGAAUUAAACAGAUCCCUGGCCCAUGUGGGGCGGCAUCCGCAGCAGCGCUUGCUGGGCGCUGAACGAGGAUGCUCAAAUGCCUUCCUUCCCUGUUUUUUUCCUUCCCAGCCCCCCUCUCUUGACUCUUUUGGGAAAAAAAAAACCCUACUCAGGCUCUGUGCCACCCUCAUUUGGGUUCCCAACACCCUGUUUUGAGCAGGGCUGGGCUGUUUACCCAUUUACCAGCAGCUGUGCCCAUUUUGCUACCCAGGGCACGGCUGCCACCCUUUUUUUUUGGCUUUACUGUGAAGGGCUGCUUGCCCGAGGCACGUUGUGGAGGGGUUACUUGACAAAGUCAGCUGGCAAAAGGCUGAAAAUCCAGGUAGCAGCACUGAAAGCUUUUCCUCUUCCUGUGCCUUUUUAAAGCACAGAUAAAGUGGUGACCAUUAUGUUUGUACAAUAUGAAUUCUCUUUGCUAAAAAUAAGCUGUCCACUUGCUAACAGGUUUAGAAGGACACAUAUUUCUUUUUUCACCCUCUUUUUUUUUAUUAUUUGUUUGUUUGUUUAAAGCUCUAGGAAAGUUGUACAAAUGGCUUCCAGCAUCUUCUGGAUUCAUUCUGCUGGUUCCUUCAAGCUCAGGGAUCAUUUCCCGAGCUUUGCAAACGCGAGAAAGGAAAAAACCUUAGAUACCAAGAGCAGCUGAAGACAGGACAUUUUUAAUGGGGCUCAGCAGCCCCACUGGCAAUGCCUUGAGGGUCCAUAACUCAGAAAGGCUGAGAGCUGCUGGUACAGGUUUCAUUCAUCAUUUCUGGUUUUGUUAGUGCACUUUUUUCCACAGUGGUUUGGGAUGGGUGUGGCAUCUCCCACCACAGUGGAGCCCAUCAGUUGUUACCCCUGUCCUGGCACUGCUGAGGUUUUGCUGGAGGCUGUGGCCAUGUCCACUCUCUCCAGGCAAGCAGGACAAGCUCCAGAUAUUCAGGGAGGGGAUGACAGGGAUGUCUUUUAAUUUUUGGGAAACCCUCCAGCUCUUUUGAAGUGUCACUUUAUGCAUCACUUAGAAAAAAAUAUAUACCCUGGGUUAAUUUUUAUGCCUCCUGUUGUGGAGGGUCCAGCCACGCGUGUUUUCCCAGGCUGCUGCCCCUCUGUCUGUGCCCCUGCAGUGGCACCCUCACAGCAAAGUUCUUGGCUUUGAGUCUUCCUGAUGCUCCAUCCAUCCCUCCCCACCGCUGACACGUGCUGGUCUCGGGGCACUCAGCUCCUGCUGGCCACAGGCACCUCCUCAGCUGAGCAACAAAGGGCAAAUUCACCCAAAAUCCACGUCCGGCUGCCGCAGAGCUCCGGGCGGGCUCUGGCCUGGGCAUCCCCAGGGCUGGAAUUCCUAAGGGCUUCUGUUUUCUUUCCAAGGGCUGCUCCUGGUGCCAUGCUAACCCCCCAGAGUGGGGAGGUGGCCAACAGACCAGGGCCCAGUUGUCCUGGACCUGGUGGCCAAAGGGCCACAGCCCGGCUGUCCUGGACGUAGCCGUAGCAUUCAGUUUACAUUCAGCACAACCCGUUUGCCUUACUAAAAAUGCUUCUCCAAUGAGUCAUGGCCUUAUACUGGGCACGUUGGCGUAGGCACAGACUACAGUUAGCGACAGUUUUGAGGCCACAGUGGUGUUCUGUUGGGUAUUUCUUGUUGGGUUUGUAUGAUUUCAUGUACUUAAUUCUCAGUUUAAGAAAGCCUUACUUUUAAAAUUUUUUUCUCUCUCUCUCUUUCUCUCUCUCUCUCUCUGUAGAGGUAAAACAUUUGUGGAUUUAUAUAUAUAUAAAUAUAUAUAUAAAUAAAGUAAUUAAAAAUAUUAAAUAUAAUAUAGUAUGUGCCUCAGAUUCAGGGGACAUCCUGUUGAUUGUAAAGUCAGAAGUGGCGUUGCUCCCCUGGUGUCAGGAGAUCCGUCCCCUACGCAGUGGGAGAGCAGGGCAUCCCCUGGGGGUCUUGAUCUUGGUUUGUAAAGGACUUCAGCUAUUACACAGAUGUUUUGGGAGCCCCCCAAACCCCCCGGCAAACCCCUGCCGGCUGCCAGAAUGUGAUACUAAAGUAAUAUGCAGACAAGGGAUGUUAUUCCUUGCUAGGUAGCUAAAAUAAGUUCAUUAUUGUGAAGGGACUCAGUGGCUUGUCCAAGGUGUGACCCAGUCUGGGCAGCAGCUGUUUUGGGAUGACACCAAAGCUGUGGCAGCAGCAAUAAAGGUUCUUCAUCCUGAAAAAAAUAGGAUUUUAACACAGAAAGUCUUAGCAGGCACACGGGAGUUUGCUGUGUGUUUUGCAGAUGUAGCUCUUUGAGCCUGUUCUAUAAAAGAGUACAUUAAAAAAAGGAGAAACCAACGAAAAGAAGCGUUUGUAAAAUAGAUUGUAAUUUUUCCACGUGCUAGCAUAGCCUGUUUGGCCAAUAAAAUUGUGUUUCAAGUGCAUUGUUUAAAGCUCCUGGCUGCCCAGGCAAACAGACUGACGUAGGAUGUUCUAGGAUUGUAGCAGUGCUUUGCGGCGUGUGUGGGUUCGGUGUUCCAGAAAGAAAAAGAAGAGGAUGGCCAAAUAAAAAACAAAACAAAACAAAACAACAAACAGAAAAUGGGAAGAAGAAUAGAAACAAAGCCUUCUGAAGCUAUGACCUGUAGUAGCCAAGCCUCGCUGGCAAUUGCACAAGCGCCGCGGGCCGUGCGUGUCCCGGGAGGGGUGCCCCAGGUGUCCCCUCCUCGGGCGGGCCAGGAGGCUGCUCCUGCCCCCUCCAUGACUUGAUUGCACUAGAGCAGCUCAAUCUCAGGAAAUUGCUUGUUACUUUUACUGUGUAAAUAAAGCUUCCUGGUUCAAUAA